GAGUUGUGUUCACGGUAGUAAAGCUCAGUUGUGCUUAGAAGGUCGUUAGUUGUGAUCUGUUCUCCCUGCUUUCUAAGUGAAUUUUCGUGCUGUUACGAUGAAAGGCCCAUGUAAAUUUUUUUCAUUGGGAUUUUUCGUUUUUCUUGCUCUCGGUUUUGGCACAGAUGAAGUGUCUUCCUACAAAAUACUCAUGGUUUUUCCUAGUUUUAGCCCAUCUCAUUUAAUAGUGGCUUCUGGGUUGCUAAAAGGUUUAGCUAAGAAGGGUCAUGAAGUGACCAUGGUGAGCUCUUAUCCACAAUCCAAACCUGUGAAGAAUUAUCGUGAUGUUGUACUUCCUCUAGAUAAAUUUGAUAAAGAUGCUAUUAUGGCAGAUAUGGUGAAAAAUGCUGGACAACAAUUUCAAAUGAUUACAAAAAUGCCAGAAAUGAUGAAAAUGUCCUAUGACAUAGCCAAUGAAACAAUGUCCAAUCCUGAAUUUAGAAAGAUCAUGGAAGAGGAGUCCUUUGAUUUAGUAAUAUUGGGUAUUUUCGCCAAUCAGUUUCUCGCAGGACUUGGAUAUCACUUUAAAUGUCCUGUGACUGUAAUGAGUCAAGUUCAAGCAGUGUACAUGACAUCAGAGUUAGUAGGAAAUCCUGUGAGCCUUGCAUCAACUUCUACCGUCUUCCUUGGAUAUAGUGGCCGAAUGACUUUUAUGCAGAGAGUGAAGAACAUAUUUGCUGGUGUCCUAGAGAUGUUAAUGACCCAAUUAUUACUCCGCCCUUAUGAUAGAAUGUAUUACGAAUCCAACUUUCCUCCAGAUAAAUAUCCCAGCUUCGACGAAUCUCUUCGGAAUGUAUCACUCGUUCUUGUGAAUCAUCAUUUUAGCCAGGGAAAUCUGCGUCCCUAUGUGCCAGCCAUGGUAGAAAUUGGAGGAAUUCACAUCGAAGAUGAAACCGAUCCAUUACCUAAGGAUAUCCAGGAAUUUUUAGACUCUGCUACAGACGGUGCUGUUUUCUUUAGCUUUGGCUCAAACUUGAAAAGUUCAAUUUUGCCACAGCACAAGCUAAACGCAAUAAUUAAAACAUUUGGGCGUUUAAAGGAGAAAGUACUCUUCAAAUGGGAAAAUGAUGAUCUUCCUAAUAAACCUGACAAUAUGAUGAUCGGAAAAUGGUUGCCACAGCGCGAUAUUUUAGCUCACAAAAAUAUUAAACUUUUUGUUAGCCAUGGAGGAAUGGGUAGCAUUGCUGAAGCAAAGUACCGUGGGGUUCCAUUGAUCGGUGUGCCAUUUUUCGGAGAUCAAAUGGGUAAUGUUGCAGUGGUGGCUGAAGAAGGAUGGGUGUAUCAAUUAAACUUUGAUGAUCUUACCGAAGAAACUUUCUCAGAAGCUCUUAAGGAAGUUCUUACAAAUCCAAAAUAUGGAGACAUAGCACGAACACGUGCUCAACUCUACAAAGAUCGUCCUCAGUCAGCCCUAGAGACAGCUAACUAUUGGAUCGAAUAUGUUAUCAGGCAUAAAGGAGCUCCUCAUAUGCAAUCACAUGCAGUUCAUUUGAAUUUUUGGCAGAAUAAUUCAAUAGAUGUUAUUGCGUUCUUAUUUGCAAUUCUGCUUAUUUUUAUCAAGAUUUCUAUCUUAAUUACAAAAUUUGUCUUCCGAUAUUUAAAAAACAGACUGUUCCCUAAGCAUAAAAAACAGAAGCAACUGUAAGCAUUAGCAAUAUUCAAUUUGGCUAAUAAGUACAAUAAAAUGUUAAUUAAUA